CCGCCUGGCCACCACCAGCGAGUACACAUCUAAUCAUUUCCCAUCGCUAGCAGUAUUCGGUUUGCAAAAAAGUAAGUUUAUAUGAAAAAAUGGAAUUAGCCAUGAAACUACAGGAGAGCGGCUGGCACCUGACAGAGGACGGCCUCAAAACCCUGACAUCCGCCACUGGCAGCGAGGACCCCAAGAAAAUCAUCGCCGAGCUAUUGAAUAGAGACAUCCGUGAUAUAGGCGGUGGAGCAUUGCCCGCAAAGCGUGAAGAUGCCACUCUGCCCGGGAAGAUUGUGCUGCAGGUGCAGAGGGUGCGAAACAUAGCCGCUCCCAAGGCGAACGAGGAAUCGAAGGCGGCGCCGCGUCUUCUGCAGCUGGAGCUGAGCGACGGCCAGAACUCGAUCCAGGCCUUGGAGCUGGAGCCGGUGCCGCAGCUGAAUCUCAAUGUGGCGCCCGGCAGUAAGAUCUACUUUAAGGCCGAGAAACUGCAGCUGAUGCAGGGAUUCCUGAUGCUCCGUGCCACUGAGCUGCAGCUACUCGGCGGCCGGGUGGAUGCCCUCUACGAGAAGUGGGAUCUGGCCAGGACUAUGCUCAAGUAUGCUCGCAGUGGCCGCCCUCUGAGUGGGAACACAAUGCCACCGCCAUGGGUGGCAUUCGGACGAAAAAUCGACACCACCGCGGAGCGCGAGCGGAACUUUAAGAGUCUGGGAUCAUCCGGCGACAAGGACAAGCCGGCAAAGGAGAACGAGGAGUUUAAUGCCAUGCGCAACGAGGCAAUUGCCGUGGCAACGAAGGCGGGCGGCAAGAAGGUCUUUGGCGGCGGUGGCCAAAACAUCGUCGAUCACAACAUAAAGAAGAUCCUGGACAAGGGUUUCAGCGAGGAGGAGGCACGCAGUGCCUUGCAUGCCACCAGGAACAACCUUGAGCGUGCUCUGUUCAACUUGAAGCGACGCAAGGAAGCUGGUGGCGUGGGUCCCAUUGAACCAAUGGGCCGCCCGGGACGCGGAGAACGACCUGGCCGAGAGGGCAAGCGUGGUGCCACCGCCAAGGAAGAGGCUGAAGCGGCAAAGCCAGCAGCUAAUGCCACGCUGUUUGAUUUUCUUACUACAAAACUGCCCGCCACAGAGACUCCGGCCGCCAGCGUUGCUGAGACCUUUGCUCCAGCUCCAACUGCCCCACCUACUGCCAAUCACUAUAAUCCUUUCAAGCAAUACGGAAACUCAAGGUUCGGCGAAGCCGAUAGCAGAUCUUCAGCUCAUGGCGGUGGCGGAGGCGGCGGCGGAAAGUUUUCGGAUCGCUCGAGAUUUGAGAAUAAUGUUUCGAGCAGCUUUGCUGCCCAUCGCGGUGGUCAUGCUGGUUCCUCUAGGGGUGGCGGCCGCAAUCGAGGCGGAGGAAGAGAUGACAGACCACCGAGAGAGGAGAGGCCACCGAGAGAGGAAAGACCUCCGCGUGAGGAGAGGCCUCCCAGGGAAGAUAGACCGCCCCGCGAGAGGGGAGCAGGAUCCUACAAUGAGCGAGGAGGUGGAAGAAAUAAACCGGAGGCCAAAGGAUCUACGCGCAAUGGCCCGGAUAACGCCUCAGCCAAGAGCCAUUCCGAGGUGAAAGUCGACCAAGAAGCAACCAAUGGAAAAGAUUAUCCCGGCAAUCGUCGUGGCAGCGAUCGAGGUAACAAUCGCGGAGGAUCAAGUCGCGGAGAGAAUGGAAAUGCUAAUGGAAACAAGCGUAAGCCGCAAGCAGGCUCGAAUGUAUUCAAUGCAGCUGGUGCAUCCAGCAAGCCCUCGACCAAUUCUGGUGAGGAUUUCAAUGCACGUUUGAGCAAGGUAACCGAAGAGACGGCCAAUCUCAAGGUGAGCAGUGCGCCCAAGCGAGAGAAUCGCCGCCGUCAGGCAGGCAACCAGGGACAAGCCAAUCGCCAGUCGGGAUCAGGAACGGGAACGGGAACAGGAGUGGAAAUCCAGCAGCAGCAGUCAGCACAGUUGCCUUCUCAAAAGCCAGAAAAGGCUCAGGCCACUCAGAAAACUCAACAGAAUCAACAGCAGCAGCAUCAACAGCAUCACAAUCCCCGGAACAACUCGCAUCACAACUACAGUCAAUUGGCGAAUGGAUAUACAUACGAUCCCAGCAAGAUUAUGGGUUUCCAAAGCAAGGAGGCCAACGAGUUUGCCAUGAGCCUACUCAAGAGUCAGGGCGUGGGCCUGGCCAAUCAGGAAUCGCCAUCAACGCUGCCCUUUGCCUCAGCUUCAGCUUCAGUUGCAGUUCCCCAUCCUCAGCAGCAGGCGGCGCCAAGGGAGCAGUACGGUAUGACGCCUGGCGAUGCUUGGAUGUGGCAGAAGGGAGACUUGUGCAUGGCCAAGUAUUGGGACGACGGAAGAUAUUACGAGGCUGAGAUCACGGGUGUUUCGGAAAAGACUUGCGUGGUCUUCUUUUUGGGCUAUGGCAACCAUGAGGAAGUGCUCCAGGUGGACAUACUGCCCAUUACAGAUGCCCAGAACAGGCCGCUGAGCAAUGCUCCACAGCGUCAACAGCAGCAGCAGCAACAACUCCAGCAGCAGCAGCAGCAUUCACGUUACCGCGGCGGGGAUCGCCAAGGGCAGCAGCAGCAGCAAGUCUAUGUGCCGCCCCACAAAAGGGAACAUUGAAAAGUGGCCGGGCCUGAAUUCAACGUAAAUCAAUUGAAGUAAUGUUUCGAAUAAACAACUUUACAUAGUA